AUGGAAGCCUUCCUCGCUGCAUUCAAACGCUUCGUCUCGCGUCGCGGAAUUCCAAGCGAUGUAUAUAGCGAUAAUGGGACUAACUUUCAAGGCGCGGACAGGGAGCUGGCAACUACAUUCCGGAACAUAACCGGAAACCCAGACUUUGGGUCGCUUCUGGCUUCCGAUGGGACUUCGUGGCAUUUUAUUCCGCCCGCUGCCCUCCACUUCGGGGGUAUUUGGGAGGCCGGUGUGAAGAGCAUGAAGCAUCAUUUACGACGCAUCGUGGGCAAGCACACAUUAAUUAAAGAAUUCGGCAUUCUCCUCUGUGAAAUUGAAGCCUGUCUGAAUUCUCGACCGAUAUUAGCCAUGACAAGCGAUCCAGAGGACUUUGCGACGCUAACUCCCGGGCAUUUCCUCAUUGGAGCACCACUCCUCACCGUCCCCGAGGCAUUGGUGAUAGAUUUGAACGAAAAUCGCCUUUCCCGCUAUCAACGAGUUCGCGCGAUGCUGGAGCAUUUUUGGAUUGCCUGGUCCCGAGACUAUUUACACACCUUACAGCAACGUUCCAAGUGA